AUGCACACCAUUCUUCAGACCAGUUCUCCUAUGUGGAUCAUGUGGAGUUUGAGUCCAAACCAAGUCAUCAUUUCAACUGAUGAUGAUGGCAACCGCUGGUUCUACAAUUACAACAUCAUCCACACUAAAGAGCUCUUCCUUCUUACCCUUGUCAUUGUAUUCGAUGCUGUCUCUUAUUGUAACAACACCCGCAGCCUCUCCACUUAUGUUGCAUCUGCAGUAUUCUUGUCCUGCAUGGGCUGGAAACAAUUAGGCAACGGUCAUGGGGUUAUCACCAAGCAAACUGGCGAUGAGUCUGCCAUGAUUAUUAUUGGGAAAGUCAAGGAUUUCAAGUUAUACUGUGGUCCCAAUGGUAACUUUAGCAAUUGGUCAUAUGGAACUCUAGCAGGUGCAAAGUUCCAAUUCACCUUGGGUGUACCGGAGCAACCAGCCUUAGUCGAUGAUCUUAACAAGGGUUUUGACAAUUUACUCAAAGUACAGUCAUCUACAGCUGCCACUACGGACUGUCAUUACUUCUUAGAGGAACAAGGGUGUAUUAAAUAA